AAUGUCAAUGCCUUUUCUAAAAAAAAUACCUACCUACCUAUAUAUUGUGAAUUAUAAAAUCGCAAAGAAAAUUAUCUUUAAAGCAAUAUAAAACAACAACAAGUAAAACCUGCAAUAUUUACCCAAGCAACAAAAGAAAACCUACCAUUCACAAUAAUGUCGAACAAAUUGAGAGAUCCCACAAGAAAUGUGAAAAUCUCGCAAGAUUUAUUUCCAAAACAAAAGCAUUUUUUGGAAAACAAGAAAUAUUACCUACAACGAUAGACGGCAACAAGACAAGGAAUACAAUUCCCUAUUUGUUAUAAAUCGAAAGAACAAGACACAUUUAAUGUUUUAAAGUCAAAUACACAACGCAUACCAAAGGAUUACUCAUUUAGAGAGAGGGGAUCCCCUGAAUUUUGUUAUUUGUUUAGCCACGUUUUCCCUUAAUAUACACUUUUCUUUCACUAUUUCUCUCUCUUUUAACACACAUACCUCUCUCUCUCUCCUCGUGUGGAGAAUGUUAUAUUUUGUUGUUGUUCCCCCACGCAUAAUACAAUUUAAUUGUGGCUACAAAAACAAUUAAUCAAUCAACAACGGAAUUAAAUUAUUUCAAACCUUUACGAACAACAAGAACAAAACACACACACAGAGAUCAGCAGCUGCCGCAGGUGCGCCUAACCAAUAUAAAAAGGUUUUCUGUGUGGACAGACAGAAAAAAAAAUAUUGUCAAUUAUUUUGAAUAUUUAUUUGCAACAUGGAUGACUAUGAAUAUGAACGAAAAGUGCGAAGAGAACGUGAAAAAUCGGAAAGGCAGCAAGUACAAGCAUCAUCAUCGUCAAAUCGCGAGGUAGCAUUAUUCUCUGAGCCUCGUCGCGUAAAUCCAUCCGAGGAUGAUGAUGACAUUGCUGCCAAAUUGGGUGACUACUCCAAAGUCAAAGAUUUUAUUAAUCUUUAUACGGUGGGCAUUUCGAAUUCAGGACACCGGCAAAUGCCCCCUAAUGCCGUACUGCCUGGCAUUGUGCCCACAAGUCCAGCAUCGUCGUCGCUAAUAUCGCCAAUGUCGUCCUCCUCAUCGUCAUCAUCGCGUUUGCAGCCUCCACCUCCGCCACAAUCACAACAACCACCGCCGUCACAUCACUAUCAACAACAUCAACAGCAAUUAAGACAAGCGCCUUAUGUCAAACAGGCUGAUAAUAAACCACCUUACAAUGGACGUGGUGGCUAUCCAGGGCAAUCGGUGAAUCGUUUAAGUAGUGGCAUGGCACCACCCAAAGGUCCACCAGGUUCCUUGUUGCCUCCUUCCUCAACACAUAUGCCAAAUGGACGUCAAACGUCAUCAUCAUCGUCUGCAUGUGAAAAAUCAUAUCUGGGACCGCCAUCGGCAUCAUCAUCAACGACGCACAAUGGCCGUUUCUCGCAACCUUCAAUACCAAAACAACGCCAAAAACCAGCAUUUCAUACUGAGGAAAAUGAUAUCAAAGAAAUUCUUAAUCAAGUAACAACAGCAUUUCGUCCUCCUAAAAUGCUGACUGGCAUCGAUGCCACACCGCACAAUACUCUAAUGGAAAACUAUAAUCUCAAUGAGCCGAAUAAGCACAAAUAUAGCUUUGAUAUAUCGGAAAAAACGAAUAGUAUGAUUGAGCCAUUGGAUUCGUCGCCGCCACAUAACGAUAUGCCAGCACCGCGAUAUGUGCCUCCCCUAUCAGCAGCAGCAACACAGAUGCCUUCUACACAAUCUGCCUCCAAUAAUUUAUCAUCAUCGUCAUCCUCGUACUCUUCUUCCACAACCUCCAGCACCUAUAUAGCACCACCACCUGCCGCCAAUGCCUCUUCAGCUUCAGCCAUUAAUAAUAUGACAUCUACCUCCGCCUCCACUGGACUGUCGCUGUCUUCUUCGUCAUAUUCGUCAAUGCAUAAUGCUGCCAUAACAUCAUCACCUACAGUGCCACUAUCACCUUUAAUGGGUCGAACUAAGGAUACUGGUUUCCUGAAGCCCUUCAAGUCUGAGAAGCCAACACCCCCACCUAUAGAAAAUCGUAAUAAUACAUUGGAGAAUGAUUUGGAGCUAUCAGAAUCCGAUGAUGAUCGUGUGAAGCUCUCCUCACACUCAGCUGUGAACUCUAGUGACAGUUCUCAAUCUGAUUCCAGUGAGUCUGGCAGUGAAUCUUCUAAAAGUGAAACAAAUCAGAGCAUUAUUCCCGCAGCGACCCAACAUCAUUUACAGCAACACCAGCAACAGAUGUCAAGUUCUUUGGCAUCGAAAAAGAAAAUUGGACCAGGUUGCACAGCCAGUAGCGGUAGUAGUUCCUCCGGAUUGGGUUCAUCGGCUCCGCCCUCCGGCGGUUCGUCUUCAUCGUCAUCGAACAAAACACCCUCACCAAAUACUACUAAAUGGCAGCUGAGUCGUUAUUUUAAUAAGGCACCUCAGCAUCAGACGCCUACGCAAGAUGUAGUAUCACCUUCGGCGGGUUCAGUGGCAAAUUCUGUAAAUCCCAUGAAUGUGGCUAAAAUCAUUACACUAAAGGGCGGUGCUCAAAUUAUUCCCGAACAGUUAACAAACAUAAAGAACGAGUCUAUGCUCGACGAUGAUGAUGAGGACGAUGAUGACAACGGAAAUGACAACGUCAACAAAGACAUAGACCGAUCAUCAAGAAGAUCAAGAAAUAAAAAGGAUGGUGGCAAAAAUGAGACAUUCCAGCAUCCGGACUUGGCUGGAGCAACUGCAGCUUUUCCUACAAGAAAAACGUCAAGUCUUUUGGUCACGCCAUUGUCGCCCAUAUUGACUGACAUCAAAAAAGAGUCAUCUACAUCGUUGGGCGGAACUUCCAGUCAACAGCAGGUGUCAGACUUUUUAAGUAUGAACACAAAUCAAAUAAAACAUGAAACAAUGGUCAUAGCAGGAGGUCAUACUACCGUGACGCCAUAUGAUGUCUUGAAUCCCAUUAGUACUCUAUCAUCCGACAGCAACUCGAAUGAUGAGGGUUCCAGAGAGCGUUUGCCGGUGCGAGGACCAGGAGGUACACUGCAAAUACCCGGUGUUCCAGCGGCAAUUACGGCUUUACCGCGCUCGCCACCCAUAAUGCAAAAAGCCCAAAUGCCCAAUACAGUAACAAUGAUACCAUUGGGACCACUUUCCUCUGGCAGCAAUGGCAGAGGGACAGCACCCAUUGCACCCAUACCACCUACGCCGACAAGGGCGAAAAAACCUCGCAAAAAACUGAAGCAGCAGCAAAAUGCUUUAUUGGCCCCUGAUACCAGCGAUGAAGAGUCUGACAAUGCAAACAAGCAGCGUUUGACAUCACCGCCAAGUGGAGCGGUAGCCAAAACCAUGACAACUCCCGGUGGUACAAAGAAGGGCCGUGGACGACCGCGUAAAACCGCUACACCAAGCAGUGGCAACUCGAGUACAACUGCGGCCACAGGCCCUCCUGUUGUUGUAGUAACUGCCACCAAGGGACCAACUUUAACCGCCAAAAAAGAUAUCAACAAAAAACCACCACCAACUGCGCCAACAACAACGCCCACCAGCAAGGAUUCGGCCACAGCAACAGCACGAAGAAGAAUGUCAAGACUAAGUUCCACAAAUUCGUUAGCUCUGCAAGAAGCCAUGGCAGGACCUCCAAUAACAACAACGCCAAUUAAGCAGCAACUGCCUACAACCUCACCAGUUGCAUUGAAAGCUACGCCGCCUCCACCGGUAAUUGUAAAGACACAGAUUAAAGAGACUGCAUUAAAGACUUCCACUAGUGACGAUUCCAGUUCAUCAUCGGACUCCUCGUCAUUUUCAAAUUCAAAAUCUUCGUGUUCAUCUUCCGAUUCAGAAAUAGAAGAACCAAGCAAAAAGCCCACGCAAUCAGAUGCUUAUCCCUCUUUGACUUCGGACGACGACGACGAUGAGAAUACGGCCACAAAGGCUUUGCAAAAGCCCGGAGAUUUAACAUCCACCAAAGCGGUGACGGCAGCAGUGCCAUCUUCUGCACACCUAAAACGGAUUGUUAAGAAGCUCAAUACGCGUAAAUCAUCUCUGGAAGACUUAUCAACUGCAUCUUCUACGAAGCUCAAUAAUAUAUGUUUGUCCUCACCAUCCUCGUCUUCAUCGGAAUCGUCGGCAGAAGAUUUCCUACCACCUGCAAUUUUUGCAAACCAACAAACGGCAGCAGGUACUACGGCGGCAACCCAGUCGAUAGGAGCUGCAGCAGUGGCUAGUAACGGUGCCGCCGGUACGGGCAGUGGAGGCUCCUCGCAACGUUCUGUGAACCAACAAUCACCUUAUAAAGUUUCAAGUGCUUUGUCCAACCGCAGCCGUAAACAAACACCAUGUUCUAGUGCCUUUUCUUCUGAGUCCAGCGCAGAGGAUAAUUCCGACUCGGACUUAGGGGUGGCUAGGAAGGAAAAGAAACUCAAACGUGAUAAACCCAAAAGUGAUAAAAAUAAGAUCAGCACCCUGACCCGAAUCUUUAAAACUUCCAAUGAAGGCGGAGCUAAAAAGCAGGGUCAAGUCCUUAUUGUAGACCAAUCGGAAGAACAGCAGCAACAACAGCAAAUUCAGAAACACAUUUCUCCCGCCCUAAGAGGCUCACAGGAAAAUCUAGCGGCAGCAGCAGGUCACACGCCCACAGCACAAUCACCUCGUCUCACACCGGGCGGCCAAUUGAGAUCGCCCAGAUCUUUGCCACCAUUGGCUACUCAGGUUUUAACUGCAGGCUGUUUAAUGGGUACGGCGUCGCAUCGAACGCCCGACCGUGUUCCUUUCGAUCGUGUGACCACAAGUGCUGAACGAAAACUACAACAGCGUAUAAAGACACCAACGCGGACGCCAACACGAACUCCGCCCACCACAAGGACGCCCACACCUACACCUCCUAUAGGAGCCGCCGCGGUUAAUGCGUCAUCUAUUACAACUAAUCCCACGCCUUCGGCCUCUCUAGCAACAGCGGCAGCGGGUACAGCAGGAAUAGUACCGCCUCCAUCAUCAUCACGUUUGCCAACUUCGCUUAUAUGCAAAAUUGAUCUCUCUCGUUUGUUACCUAUACCCGCAGAAUGGCAUUCAAAUACUUAUCGUUUAUACGGUCGUGAUGCGGCAACAAAUAGCCAACCCUAUUUAACACCCGCUAGCGCUGGACGCACUCCCAUUUAUGAUCACGAGACUAUACUCAAUGCGGAUAUGCAUUCGUGCAACACGCAAAUGCGUUUGAAGUCAGGCGGCAGCGGGAGUGUUACACCUCGUAGCACUGGCAAUCGUACUCCAUUGCAGGCCGGAGCCUCAAUUACAGCCGAAAGAGAACUUUCCCAUUCUCGAGAAAGUUUGCAUGACAUUGCCAAAGAUAUGGGCGUUAUAAAUCCCGGUCGUUUGAGCAGUCGUUCAACAGAUGGCAGUAUAUGUGGCGGUGGUUCAACACCCAAGGACCUUGGUUCCCAUCUACUACCUCCUGGUCCACCCAAUGGUUACAGUUCAGUGACUGCAAUGGCUAGGGGCUAUGCUUCGCCUAGUAACUGUGGCGGCAAAUUGGGUCCGAUUGUUAAACACGAACAAAUCAUAAAACAUGAGCCCGAUGCCAUGGAUUAUUCGGAGACUAAAUUCAAAGCUGAUGCUGCAUCUACAGAUCCAGCGGUGAUCAAACAAGAACUCUUAAUGCUCAAACAGGACUUCAAACCCAGUGAUUUGGACAAAAUGUCCGAAAAAUCUUCGACAAUUUGUUCACCAAAUACUACUGACACAAUGCAGCAGUUACUCGAGGCUAAACCAAGACGUAAGCGUAGUUCAAGUUCGAGUUCAAGUCCUUACAAGGAAAAGAAGCGAAAAAAGGAAAAGGAGAGGGAGAGGGACAAGGAUAAAGAAAAGGAGAAAGACAACAAAGACAAGGAUGCGAAUGCGAAUGCGGCUGUCACAAAUAUGUUUGGCAGUGUUGGUGCUGGCGUAAAUGAAAAGGAUAAAAAGUUAAUGACAAAUGACGCUGGCGAUGUGUUAGAAAAAGCAAAAGAUGUGAUGAUGGAUUUCCUAAAACCCGCAACAAAAGAUACUCUGGAUGCUGAGCGUAUAGAUAAUAGUACGCAAAUGCAGUUUCCACCCACUAACCAUGAGCGGUUAGAAUCGGAAAAAUCACAUCCGCAACUACAAGUAGAAAAGCCAGAGCAACAGUCCGAUAAAUCGUAUGGCAACAACAUUGAUAAGAGCAGUAUGGAUCAUAAUGCUCUCCCCGAGAACACCAGUACUACUGUUACAAACACUGCCAGUCCCGCGCAUUUACAGAUUAGCAAUUUAACAACAAUGGCCACGUCGUCAUUAACUACUACAUCAAUUAUGCCACCGCCAGCCAAUGUUGGAUUAAACACAACACACCCAACCGCAGAACCGGCUGUGUCAGGAACUUCUAAUGCAAAAGCAAUGUCGACAUCAGAUUCCAAUACUACUACCCCAACAAUGGUAUCAUCAACAACACCUGAUGGCAACAUUGAUCCACCAAGCACAGCAACAACACCCAAAGUCAUAUACCGUUCAUAUUUCGAGCGGGACGAGGAAGCACUACACGAUGAAUUCAGGUUUGUUGCGGAAUCAUUUCUUGAAUAUUCGAACUCCACUACCUACUCCACCAAAAACAACAACAACACCACCACCGAUAAUCCAUCCGUUUUGGCCAAAAUUCAAAAUUCUUCACCAAACAUAACCAAGGAAGGCACAUUCCUGCAGGAGGCUAUACAAAGAAAACAUGCUGCCGAUCGCGAACAAAAUAUCCUCAAUCAGGUGGCAUUAUAUUUAGAGGCUGUUGUCUAUUUUCUCUUGUCCGGAGCUGCUAUGGAACAACAAAGUCGUACUGAAGAUCCAGCUUGGACUAUGUACAAGGACACCUUGGUUUUGAUUAAAUAUAUUACUACAAAAUUUCGCCAGUUGCAACAAGUGUCAUCUGCCGAUCAAACUAGUACCCUUAAUAAAUAUGCUGUAUUAAGUCUCCGCUGCCAAUCCUUAAUAUCCCUCAAGUUGUUUAAACUCAAAAGAAUUUCCUUUCGCCAAGUCAAUACAAUAUGCAUGGACUUCCUUAAAUCCGGUAAAGGUGAUAUUAUCAAUGGUAAUACUUCAUCAUCCAUGUCUCCUUCGAAUUCGGUAUGUUCACAGGGUUCUGGUUCGAAUACACCGCCUGGUAAAAUUGUGCCUCAAGAUAUACACUCAGCUUUACAACAGCAAAAUCAAUAUUUCCAUUACCUAGCCAAUAGUCACGAGCUAUGGGAGCAAGCCGAUCGUUUAGUAAAACAAAACAAUCUUACCGACUUCUUCAUUGCCUUGGAUCAUAAAAAUGGUCCACUGACCUUGCACAGCAGUGUCUAUGAAGUGUUUCGUUAUGUACAAGCUGGCCUAAAGAAACUCAAAGAUGGAAUGCUUACACAAUAAUAACGACAACAAAAACAACAACUAGAACGGCAAACUACGUUAAAUCACAACAACAACUACAACACAAUUUACUUUAUAAUACACAAAUCUUUUGCGCUGCUGUCAAAACAAAUAGCUAGCAAAGAAGAAACAACUAACAACAUCAAAAAUUUCAAUUCAAAAGAAAACUUGAUUACAUCACUCCAACAACAAUCAUCAAGAGUUUUAAUUUAAUUCGUAGGUUUCCAUAUUUUCCCCUUAUUUAUAAUAACAAAAAGGAUAAAAGAAAGAGAAUUUUGAAACUAGAGAAAAAAGUUAGUAGCUUAUGAUUGGUUUUAUGUACUAAACUAAUGUAACUAAAACAAUUAUUAUAUAUUUAAGAAGAAGUAGGAGAAGAAUGAGGAAAUGAAGAUCACAACAAAUGAUCAAAUGUGAGAAAGGUAAUAUGAUUUUUAAUUUUUUAAUUUUGAUUAUUAUAAAAAUAGUAAAACAAGAAACUCUAAAGAAAUAUAAUACUUUUAAGCAAUAAACAAUUACAAUUAAAGUUUAUUUUUUGUUAAAUAUGUAAUAUUAUUAUUAUUAUUAAUACUAUAUACCAUGAUUAUUAUCAAUUGUAUUUUGUUUAUUUAAAAAAACCACCACACAUAACAUAAGUCAUUAUUGUUAAUAUUAAAACAAAACAUAACAAAAAAAUGGGAAGAAAGCUAACAACAUCUGGAGAUUAGUAAUUAAAAAAAAAAAACACAUAUAUUAACAAAGUAAAAAUCAUAAAACGAAACAUUAUGAUUAACAACAAAACCAAUGCAAAUGUAAAUUUUUGUAACAAAUUAGAAAAGCAAACAAACGAAAGAAACAAAACUUAAAAGCAACAACCAAUUAGCAUGUAAUUUAAUAUAAAUAAAACAAACAGAAGUAGUAUCACUUAUAUACCCAGAAACCAACAAACAAAACAACACACACACACACACACAAAUAUGAAAACAAACAAAAACUAAAAUUUACAAAACUUUAGCAAUUUGUUUUUGUUUUUUUUUUUAAGAUUAUAAAACAGAAUAAAUGAAACAAGCCCUCAUUAAAUAUUAUUAUUAUAAUUAUAAAGAAUGCUAUAAUUUUAAAGACAUUUUUGAAUGUAUGUUACCCUUUAAUUUUUUUGCUCUUUCAAUUAUUAAAUAAUUCUUAUUAUUAUUAUUAUUUUAGUUAAAAUAAUUACUAAAACAAUUUUGUUUACAUUUUGUGUCUAAUAAAUAAAAAAAAGUCAUAAUUAUUUUUAUUAUUAUUAUUGUAUUUAAUUAUAAAUAAAAUAAUAAAUUCAAAUGUUUUAUAAAUAUGCUCAAAUUAUUAAAAAUUAAAAAAUUUUUUAGUUUAAUAGUCUAAACAAAAUCGCAUGCUAUUUUUCCUGGUUCAAUAACUGAAUGUUUUUCUUGUUUUUUUAAUACAUAAAAAAUAGGUACUAUUGUGUGUGUGCAUUAAACAAUUUUUUGGAGAAAAAAUAGGGAUUUUAAUAAAAAAGAUUUCUUAAUGUUAAUAUUCUGUUAUCGAAUAGUUAUUUUACAAAAGAUAUUUUUUGCUAUCAAAUUUUGAUAAAUUACUACCGCCCUCUCUCUUAUGAAGAUAAUUGAAGCAAUAAAAGAAAAUUGUUCCAAAACUAUUCUAGCAGUUUUCAAAGCAUAUGUUUUGUAAGUCUUUGGAGGAUAUGUUCUGUGACUAUGGGACACAUACAGGAUGAGAUAAAAAAACUGCAACAAAACUCUGGUUUACACUUUUGUUUCAGCGGGUCUUUUAAGUAGUUUUAAACCUGUGCCUGAAAUCCUUGAGGGCAAUCUGGAAAAAGUUAUUAUAGAUUGCCUGAAGAGACCUUUUCUGACGUGCUAAAUAGAGGAGACGUGCUAAGCGUUUAAUGAUUGCAUUUUGACAGAGUACGCCAGCACAGGAAAAAAAGGAAGGCUAAGCGAAUGUUUUCGUACACGUGUUAAAUGUAGACUUUGUGGUCAUCCUACCUAAAAGGGGGUAUUUUAUAGAUGAUAAUUUUAUUGAAGGUGAAUGGUGUCCUUAUAGACGAGCGAAGGGAUUCUUCAGAUGCUGGCUAAAUGACGCCUUUUUGGACCGACUAAAGAAUGUCGUAAAUAGUCUUAUUUCGGCUUUGCGAAAUUGUUUUAAAACGAGUUCUUUCUUUAAACGCGGAAAGGUGGGAAUUACCAGAAGCAAAUUUUUAUAGAGGCCUGAACGAUGACAUCCUUCAGACUAUUUAAACAAACUUAAAGCAGGCUUUACAGACAACACACAAAGGAAGAUAAGAAGAGAAUUUUUGCAAAAUAUAUAAGAAUAUAAGAAAUUUCAAAUCUCGGUCUAUCUAUUCAACGAACUCCUUGUUAUUGCAGAGAGACAGGUUGCCGAUCCUCAGGACAAUUGAUGCAAAUUAACAUUUUGACAGUUGGUCAUUUCUGCCGAAAUUUUCAAUUAAAUUAAGCUUAAAAUGUAAAGAUUUGAAUGCGAGAUUUUGGCCCCGAUUAAAGCUUGAUUAAUUUAAAAAUUUCAUUGGAAGCGACUGAUUAUUAAAUGUCACAAUUCAACCCUAGCUGUAGGGUGAGAUAAAAAAACUGCAAUAAAGUCAAACGCCAUAAUUGUACAUUUUUUUUAAAUUUUAUUGAAUAAAACAAAACGUGUCGGAAAUAGCAUCAAAUUUUAGAAUAAGUUUAGAUUUGUUCGAAUUGGUCUCCUUUUGGCACGAAUUAUGGCCUUCAAACGUCCAAUGAAACCGUCACACGCUGCCCGAAUGUUAUUCUGCGGUAUUUUGGCUUAUUCGUGGCGAAGCACUUGCUUGAGGUGAUCGACACUUUGGUAUUUUUUAGUGCCAACCUUGCUUUCCAAUAUACUCCAGACACAAUAGUCCAACGGAUUGGUAUCCGGAGAUUUUUGUGGCCAUUGUGUGCUGGAAAUGAAGCGAGGAACCUCAUUUUGUAACCAUUUUUGGGUGGUGCGUGCUGAGCGUGCGAUAUAGUUUCUUUCUGUUGCGGUGUAAGUUCUUGCACUUUUUGGAAUUUCAAUGGCUUUACCACGAGCUCAUUUUUCAAUAUUUGCCAAAUGGAAUAUUGCGAUAUGUUCAGUUCACGAGCCAUUUUUCGGCCACUGCGACGCGGUUUUCGAUCUAGUCGCUUCCUUACUUUUCGAACCAUUUCUGCUGAUGUUGCUGUUUUCUUCCGUGCACUUCUUUGACGUCAGGCUACGCUACCAGUAUCAGGGUAACGAGCGAUGCUACGAGAUACAAAAGAUUUAUUCACAUUUAAAAGCUGGAGUGCCCUAACGAUAUCUACUUGUGGUUUUCCAGCCAAAUAUAAAGAAAUCACACUAUCACGCUUGAAUUCUAUCACGAAUGAGUUUUUUUUUUUUUUUUGAAAAUUCUCAGGAAAAUGCUUUUGUACGCUUGUAAGCAAUAUCAUGAGCUGUCACUGUAAUCAUUUUAACAGCUGUCGGACGAGUGGCUUAGAAAUGGCAGCAGUCUUCAGUUGGUUGCAAUUUUUUCAUCUCACCCUGUAUUUAUAAAUCUUUUACUUAUCGUCAUUCGCAAAAUGCUCAUACCGAAAUUAAUUUUCUUUUGAAAUUUGUUCAAUGUCGAUUGCGGGAAUUCGAUGUCAGCUUAAGUUGGUGGGUGUGGGAAAUUCCACUCGAAUGAACAUUUGAACAUUCUUGGUUUUUGAAAAUCCUAAAUUAUGUGCCAGAUAGGAGGCCCUAAUUUCUAGAGUCUUUGCAAUACACAAAAUAUUGUGUCGGAUUCCUUACAUUAGGAUCUUUAUUUGAAGCUAUGAACAAACAUAAAUCCAUGCACACACACAUCAAGCUAUUUUAUCAUAUUCGUUGUUUUUCCUCCUACAUUUUAGUAUGAUAUUUAAUUUGUUUUGAUUUGAAUGCUGUAGAUUUUUUUAUAUUACAAUUAAACAAAAGUCAAUAUAAUUUUAUUUAGUUAAAUCAUUUUUUUAAAUAAAUGCAAACAACUUCAUUUUUAGAGAAUUUCCUUUUAAAACAUAAGGAUUACAUUUUAAGUCCAUAAAAACUUCUAAGAUAAAUUUGCUAUAUUUUUUCUAUAAUAUUAAUAUUGUAAUUAAAAUGACUAUGAUGAUUUUGUUAGUCAAUCAAUUUUAAAUUAUUAUUAAAGCUACCGUUUAUUUUUCUAACCAAACAGAAAAUCUAUUUUAUUGUUAAAUUUGUUUGCCUAUCUACCAUUAUUAUUAUUAUUAUAAUUUCUUUCCUUCAUAUGGCAAUCUAUUAUUACAGUUAUUAAGUAAAUAUUGCAUAUAUAUUUAAUUUAAUUUUAUUUUGUAAAGCAUAACAAAUCAACAAAUGGUGGAUAUUUGGAUUUGUAUACUCUCUUGAUUCUUAUUAUCAUUAUUAUUAUUAUUUUUUAAAUUGUUAAAAUAUCUAUUUUGAAUUAUGUCAUAAAUAAAUCAUUAUGAUAACAUAACAAAAAA